AUGUGUUACCAUCCUGAAGGCCCUGUCAUAUUUAAAUGUGGACACACUCUGCCACAAGGCACUACGGUCCCACAUCCUGACUGUAACAACUGUGGUGUGAUCAACAGAACUGUGGCAGCCGCCAGCACCACCAAUCGCAAGUUCAAUUGCCCGCCGUGCGGUAACAAGCUCAAUGCUUACGCACUUCCCGGCCAAGAUUUCCAAGGCCACUUGCUUACUGUAUACAGUGAUGACUAUCGUCUGUUCCUGCCGCGGAACUUUGAUGCAGGGUACCUUGCCCUUAGCAUCGCUAAGGUUCUAUUAGCGUUCCAAGGUUGCUACGGUGGAUCUCUUAAGUUAUGGGGUAGCGGCACGGGAACGGAUCUGAUUGUGGACUGCGCACCAACUAUAUUCUUUCAUUUGCAGUAG